AUGGAAAAGAGAGAAGAAAUGAACAAAAAACUCGAAGAGAAGCUCAAGAAGUAUGAAGACAGCAUUAUGCAUGUGAUAUCAUAUAACAAAAAGCUGAAAGAAGCAUUGGAAAACAUUAAAGCAGAAGAAAGAUUGACUUUCGAGUGGCUUUCUAUGCUCUCAAAUUCCCACCAGAAAGACUGA